GUUGCAUGCCACGGUUUUGCCCCGAUUACUGCUGCUGUCAUUGACUGGGAUGGUAUUUACAGAGGCUAAAUUGUCCGCUGAACGGGACCGCGAGUCCAACUCGGCGUAAUGCAGCCUUUAUGUUUCUUUUAAAAAAAACAAAACACUACAGUCUUUUAACUGACAUUUCCUCCCCCCUCACGGCUAGCCCGAGACGAUGGACCGCGUGAAAAGCUCCAUGCAGCAAGUACCCAACGCCAUCCCCAAAGUGAUUCGACGCACCGGAGGGGCCAACAGCCUGGAGCUGGAGAAGGAAAACUUUGAGAGAGGACAGGCAGUCAGCAUCAACAAGGCCAUCAACACACAGGAGGUCGCUGUCAAAGAGAAGCAUGCGAGGACUUGCAUUUUGGGGACGCAUCACGAGAAAGGCGCCCACACUUUCUGGGCAGCAAUCAACCGGCUUCCUCUCUCCAGCAAUGCGGUGCUCUGCUGGAAGUUCUGCCACGUCUUCCACAAACUGCUGCGAGAUGGACAUCCACACGUGAUAAAGGACUCUAUGAGGAAUAAAGCGGAUUUGACCGAUAUGAGCAGAAUGUGGGGUCACUUAAGUGAAGGCUACGGCAAACUCUGCAGCAUCUACCUCAAACUGCUCAUCACCAAAAUGGAGUUUCACAUCAAAAACCCACGGUUCCCUGGCAACUUGCAGAUGUCAAACAGACAGCUUGAAGAGGCGGGAGAGAAUGACGUUAACAACUUCUUCCAGUUAACCGUGGAGAUGUUCGAUUACCUUGAGUGUGAACUCAACCUCUUCCUCAGUGUGUUCAGCUCGCUGGAUAUGUCUCGGUCAGUGUCUGUGACGGCGGCAGGCCAGUGUCGUCUGGCCCCGCUCAUCCAAGUCAUCUUGGACUGCAGCCACCUGUAUGACUACACCGUCAAGCUGCUUUUUAAACUACAUUCAUGCCUUCCAGCAGACACUCUCCAGGGCCACAGAGAUCGCUUCCAGGAACAGUUUAAGAAGUUGAAGAGUCUGUUUUAUCGAUCCAGUAAUUUGCAGUACUUCAAGAGGUUGAUUCAGAUUCCACAGUUGCCUGAGAAUCCGCCAAACUUCCUACGUGCGUCCGCCUUGUCGGAGCACAUCAGCCCCGUGGUCGUGAUCCCGGCCGAGUCGUCUUCACCAGAGUCGGAACAUCUGGUAGAAACCGAAGACCUGGUGGACACAGACGUCCCCGUCCUGCCGGCUCCUUUGGAGACCAAGUUUGACGACCUGUUUGGCACCUCCGCUGCAAUCGACCCCUUCAACUUCAACAAUCAGAAUGGAAUGCGCAAGGAUGAUAAAGACCGACUUAUUGAACAGCUGACCAAGGAAAUCCAAGCCCUUAAAGAUGAGUUGGAAUCAUUCCGACUGGAGAGUGGACGAUUAUGUCAGGCAUUGAGGGGGCGUGUCAAUGAGCUGGAGGCGGAGCUUGCGGAGCAGAGCCACCUGAGGCUACAGGCAGCAGGGGAGAGCGAGUUCCUGAAGGCCGAGCUUGAUGACCUGAGGAGGGUCAGAGAGGACACGGAGAAAGAACAGCGGAGUCUGACUGAGAUAGAAAAAAAAGCCCAGGCUAAUGAGCAGCGCUACACCAAGCUAAAGGAGAAGUACACCGAGCUGGUGCAAAGUCAUGCAGACUUACUGAGGAAGAAUGCAGAGGUGACCCGGCAGAUGACGGUGGCUCGGGCAGCGCAGGAUGAAGUGGACGCAGUGAGGAAAGAGAUGCAGGACAAGGUGAAGGCCGCCCAGGAGGCCGCAGGCAGACAGGAACAAAAGCAGAGGGAGCACCUUGAGGAGAUGCAGAGAGAGCUGCUGUCCAGCAGGGCGGAGCUGGACUCCAUCAAAACCGUCAUGGCCUCGUCACAACAGUCAAGCGAGGCUCUCGGCACGCAGCUGGCCGCCCUGGAAUCUGAGAAAGCGGCACUGGUUGAGUCCUUGUCCAAAACAGAGACAGAGCUAGCCGCUCGGGAGGAGGAGCUCGAGCGGGUUCAAACCUCAUUGGCCAGUGAGAGGGAGAGCGGCGUAAAGACUGCAGAAGCCCUACAGAAUCAGCUCAACGAUAAGGAGAGCAGGGAGCAGGCGUUAGAGAGCCAGCUGGUAGCGGCACGCUGGUCCAGUCUGCAGGGAGCUGUGGAAGAGGCAGAGAGGAUCAUCCAAGACUCACUCGCCCAGAUCGACGACCCGGCACACAUCAGCUGCACCAGCUCAGCAGAUUACUUGGCAUCCAGAUGUCAAGCCUCUUUAGACUGCGUGGACAAGCUCCAUACUGCCAGAGACGCCUUCCUGGCUGAUGACACAGGUGUUUUUCAUUUGCUUAAAGUGGUGACCCAAUGUGGACAUCUAGUGGGCGACACCAUUGUUCAGGGCAGUGCCACCUCUCACAUGGUGCCUGUGGAACAGGCUGAUGUUCUGUCCGAAAGCGUGAAGGCGUGUGGGACAGAGGCGCUGGUUCUGCUGGGCCACAUGAAGAAGAGGGAGAGCCUGACGACGGCAGACAACAGCAAGCUGAAGGCGACUCUCCAAACCAUGCUGGCCUUUGCAGAGAAACUACGUCCUCGGGGUUUGGAGCUGCAGCAGGGGGAGCUGGGCGAUCUUGUGGAGCAGGAAAUGGCGGCCACAUCUGCAGCUGUGGAGUCGGCUGCUGCCCGGAUAGAGGAAAUGCUCAACAAGUCUCGGGCAGUUGAUACAGGCAUCAAGAUGGAGGUCAAUGAGAGGAUCCUAGCGUCGUGUACAGAUCUGAUGACGGCCAUCAAGAAGCUUGUUCUUUCUUCCAAAGAUCUGCAAAGGGACAUAGUAGAGAGUGGGCGGGGAGCAGCAUCCACUAAGGAAUUUUAUGCAAAAAACUCCCGCUGGACAGAGGGCCUGAUUUCUGCCUCCAAGGCAGUCGGCUGGGGUGCAACUGUCAUGGUCGAUGCGGCUGAUCUGGUGGUGCAGGGCAAAGGGAAGUUUGAGGAGUUAAUGGUGUGUUCUCAUGAAAUUGCUGCCAGCACAGCACAGCUUGUCGCCGCUUCAAAGGUGAAAGCCGACAAAGACAGCAGCAACUUGCACCGCCUGCAGCAAGCGUCCCGAGGCGUCACCCAGGCGACGGCUGCUGUGGUGGCCUCCACCAAGUCUGGGAAGUCCCAGAUUGAAGACAAAGAUACCAUGGAUUUCUCCAGCAUGACGCUCACACAGAUCAAACGACAGGAGAUGGACGCUCAGGUGCUGGUGUUGGAGCUGGAGACACGUCUGCAGAAGGAGCGCGAGCGUCUCGGAGAGCUGAGGAAGAAACAUUACGAGCUGGCCGGGGUAGCGGAGGGCUGGGGGGCGGACGGCGAAGGUUCAGGUUGACCGCCAGCCUGCCUUCCACCUGAAGAAACCUAUUUUCUUUUCUUUUUUUAUUUAUACUCUUCCCCCUCUGCGUGUCUCGCUUUUUGGUUUUAUCCCCCUCUGCCAUUUGUCAAUCAAGCCAAAUGAAACGGUGCUUGUUCUCUCAACCUGCUUCUUCUACUUCUUCACACGUGUGGGACGGACACAGAGCCCCACAUCAUCAUUAUUUAUUAUUUCCACACACCCGCGGUUGACGAGCACAAGUUGCAAGCACACUUGCUCCAAACAAGAAGGGCCAGAUCCUCCAAAUGCGGCGUAACAAAGACAACUAAGAGCGCGUCUUUCUCACUGCCUGUAAAGUCGGUGGUCUUCACUCCGCCUUCCCCCUUUGGAACAAACCCGACUGUAAAAUCCAGCUUUCCUCCCGUGUUUUGUCCAAGAAAUAGAAAGCUGCUCUCAAAGCAGGACAGCUAAUACGUGAUUUACAUUUCUAGUUGACAUAUUUUUGUAUUAAGAAAAACACAAAAAAUCUGCUGCCUUUUAUUUCAUGACCUCUGGUAUUGGAGCGUCUCAAGAAAUUAGAAUAUAUUUUAAAAGUUCAUUCUUUUCAGUAGUUGGAUUGAAAAUUCAAACUUCCGCACAAUAUUCUAAUUAUCUGACAUGCAUUGUUUGUGUUGCAAUAACACAGCUGCUUUGGAAUGUUCUCCAACUACUACUUUUUUAUGUAGCUGUCACGACGUACCUGCUUUAUCACACAAUGCCCUUUAAAGGAAAACUGCACUUGUUGUGGAAAUUUGCCCAUCGUCCGCAAUCAUCUUUUCUUUCCCUUUUUAAGUGCGUUUUACUAGUCAUUUAUGUAAUGAAUUACUUUUCUAGUAGCGAGGAAUGAUAAAUACGUGUAUAGCGCUUUUUUACCUUCAAUGUACUAUUUCCACAUUCACCCAGUCACACACUGAUGGCGUUAACCACGACCCAUCAGGAGCAAGGGUGAAAUUUCUUGCUCAAGGACACAACGGACGUGACGAGGUUGGUAGAAGGUGGGGCUCGAACCGGGAAUCCUCUCCCAACUGCACCACGCCGUCUCAAAGGAGGUAGUUACUCACUACUAACCAAAAAAACGGUUACUAGCUACAAGAACAUGGCUACCAGCUUCGUUUAGUCCUUACUAGCAAGUGGCUGGCCACUUGCUAGUAGCCAGUGUCCGGACACUACUCUCUAGUGGGUAACUACUUGCGAGUAUCCGGCCACUAGCUACUUAAAAAUAGCCGGCCUCUCGCAAUUAGCAACUAGGGAGUAUCUGUCCACUUGCUACUUGCGAGUAGCUACUAAAGAGUAUCCGUAGUCAGCCUUUGACUUCUAGUGAGUAGCACACCACUAGCUACUUGAGAGUGGCUAAAAGCAAAUAACCAACCAUUAGUUACUAGUGAGUUGCCAACCAUUAGCUUCUAGCAAGUUGCCAACCAUUAGCUACUAGCGAGUAGCCAACCGUAAGCGAGUAGCCAGCCACUUGCUACAAGCAAGUAUCCGGCCACUAGCCUCUAGCGAGUAGCUACUAGUGAGUAGCUGGCCAUCAGCUACUAGCAAGUAGUCCAUCACUAACUGGAGCCAUUAGCUACUUCCAAGUCGAGUAACCAACCAUUAGCUACUCGCGAGUCGAGUAACUAACCAUUAGCUACUCGCGAGUCGAGUAACCAACCAUUAGCUACUCGCCAGUCGAGUAACCAACCAUUAGCUACUAGCGAGUCGAGUAACCAACCAUUAGCUACUAGCAAGUCGAGUAACCAACCAUUAGCUACUAGCAAGUCGAGUAACCAACCAUUUGCUACUAGACAGUUGAGUAACCAACCAUUAGCUAUUAGCAAGUCGAGUAACCAACAAUUAGCUACCAGCAAUUCAACUAACCAAUCAUUAGUUACUAGCGAAUCAAGUAACCAAUCAUUAGCUAUUAGCGAAUCAAGUAACCAACCAUUAGCUACUAGUAAGUCCAGUAACCAACCAUUAGCUACUAGCGAAUCAAGUAACCAACCAUUAGCUACUAGCAAGUCGAGUGACCAACAAUUAGCUACUAGCAAGUGGAGUAACCAACCAUUAGCUACUAUCAAGUCGGUUUACCAACAAUUAGCUACUAGCAAGUCGAGUAACCAACCAUUAACUACUAUUAAGUCGCGUUACCAAACAUUAGCUAAUAGUGAGUCAAGAAACCAAAAAUUAGUAACCAACCUUUAGCUACUAGUAAGUAGCCAGCCAUUAGCUACUAGCGUGUAGCUGGCCACUAAAGACUUUCAAGUAGCCAGUAACCAACUAUUAGCUACUAGUGAGUAGCCAGCCAUUAGCUACUAGCGAGUAGCCCGCCACUGACGACUUGUAAGUAGCCAGUAACCAACCAUCAGCUACUAACAAGUCAAGUAACCAACAAUUACCUACUAGCAAGUCGAGUAACCAACCAUUAAAUACUAUUAAGUCGCCUUACCAACAAUUAGCUACUAGCGAGUUGACUAACCAACCACUAGCUACUAGCGAGUCGAGUAACCAACAAUUAGUAACCAACCUUUAGCUACUAGUAAGUAGCCAGCCGUUAGUUACUAGCGUGUAGCUGGCCACUAAAGACUUGCAAGUAGCCAGUAACCAACCAUUAGCUACUAGUGAGUAGCAAGCCAUUAGCUACUAGCGAGUAGCCCGCCACUGACAACUUGCAAGUAGCCAGUAACCAACCAUUAGCUACUAACAAGUCGAGUAACCAACAAUUACCUACCAGCAAGUCGAGUAACCAACCAUUACAUACUAUUAAGUCUCCUUACCAACAAUUAGCUACUAGCGAGUUGAGUAAAUAACCACUAGAUACUAGCGAGUCGAGUAACCAACAAUUAGUAACCAACCUUUAGCUACUAGUAAGUAGCCAGCCGUUAGCUACUAGCGUGUAUAUGGCCACUUAAGACUUGCAAGUAGCCAGUAACCAACCAUUAGCUACUAGUGAGUAGCCAGCCAUUAGCUACUAGUAAGUAGCCAGCCAUUAGCUACUAGCGAGUAGCCCGCCACUAACGACUUGCAAGUAGCCAGUAACCAACUAUUACCUACUAGCAAGUCGAGUAACCAACCAUUACAUACUAUUAAGUCGCCUUACCAACAAUUAGCUACUAGCGAGUUGAGUAAGCAACCACUAGCUACUAGCGAGUCGAGUAACCAACAAUUAGUAACCAACCUUUAGCUACUAGUAAGUAGCCAGCCGUUAGCUACUAGCGUGUAGCUGGCCACUUAAGACUUGCAAGUAGCCAGUAACCAACCAUUAGCUACUAGUGAGUAGCCAGCCAUUAGCUACUAGUAAGUAGCCAGCCAUUAGCUACUAGCGAGUAGCCCGCCACUAACGACUUGCAAGUAGCCAGUAACCAGCUAUUACCUACUAGCAAGUCGAGUAACCAACCAUUAAAUACUAUUAAGUCGCCUUACCAACAAUUAGCUACUAGCAAGUUGAGUAACCAACCACUAGCUACUAGUGAGUCGAGUAACCAACCUUUAGCUACUAGUAAGUAGCCAGCCGUUAGCUACUAGCGUGUAGCUGGCCACUUAAGACUUGCAAGUAGCCAGUAACCAACCAUUAGCUACUAGUGAGUAGCCAGCCAUUAGCUACUAGUAAGUAGCCAGCCAUUAGCUACUAGCGAGUAGCCCGCUACUAACGACUUGCAAGUAGCCAGUAACCAACUAUUACCUACUAGCAAGUCGAGUAACCAACCAUUACAUACUAUUAAGUCGCCUUACCAACAAUUAGCUACUAGCGAGUUGAGUAAGCAACCACUAGCUACUAGCGAGUUGAGUAACCAACAAUUAGUAACCAACCUUUAGCUACUAGUAAGUAGCCAGCCGUUAGCUACUAGCGUGUAGCUGGCCACUUAAGACUUGCAAGUAGCCAGUAACCAACCAUUAGCUACUAGUGAGUAGCCAGCCAUUAGCUACUAGUAAGUAGCCAGCCAUUAGCUACUAGCGAGUAGCCCGCCACUAACGACUUGCAAGUAGCCAGUAACCAGCUAUUACCUACUAGCAAGUCGAGUAACCAACCAUUAAAUACUAUUAAGUCGCCUUACCAACAAUUAGCUACUAGCAAGUUGAGUAACCAACCACUAGCUACUAGUGAGUCGAGUAACCAACCUUUAGCUACUAGUAAGUAGCCAGCCGUUAGCUACUAGCGUGUAGCUGGCCACUUAAGACUUGCAAGUAGCCAGUAACCAACCAUUAGCUACUAGUGAGUAGCCAGCCAUUAGCUACUAGUAAGUAGCCAGCCAUUAGCUACUAGCGAGUAGCCCGCUACUAACGACUUGCAAGUAGCCAGUAACCAACUAUUACCUACUAGCAAGUCGAGUAACCAACCAUUACAUACUAUUAAGUCGCCUUACCAACAAUUAGCUACUAGCGAGUUGAGUAAGCAACCACUAGCUACUAGCGAGUUGAGUAACCAACAAUUAGUAACCAACCUUUAGCUACUAGUAAGUAGCCAGCCGUUAGCUACUAGCGUGUAGCUGGCCACUUAAGACUUGCAAGUAGCCAGUAACCAACCAUUAGCUACUAGUGAGUAGCCAGCCAUUAGCUACUAGUAAGUAGCCAGCCAUUAGCUACUAGCGAGUAGCCCGCCACUAACGACUUGCAAGUAGCCAGUAACCAACUAUUACCUACUAGCAAGUCGAGUAACCAACCAUUAAAUACUAUUAAGUCGCCUUACCAACAAUUAGCUACUAGCAAGUUGAGUAACCAACCACUAGCUACUAGCGAGUCGAGUAACCAACAAUUAGUAACCAACCUUUAGCUACUAGUAAGUAGCCAGCCGUUAGCUACUAGCGUGUAGCUGGCCACUUAAGACUUGCAAGUAGCCAGUAGCCAACCAUUAGCUACUAGUGAGUAGCCAGCCAUUAGCUACUAGUAAGUAGCCAGCUAUUGGCUACUAGCGAGUAGCCCGCCACUAACGACUUGCAAGUAGCCAGUAACCAACCAUUAGCUACUAGCAAGUCGAGUAACCAACCAUUAGGUACUAUUAGGUUGAGUAACCAACCAUUAGCUACUAGCAAGUCGAAUAACCAACCAUUAGCUGUUAGCGAGUCAAGUAACCAACUAUUAGCUACUAGCGAGUAGCCGGCCACUAGCCUCUAGCGAGUAGUUGACCAAAUAAGUGUAAACAUGACAAGUUAUCAUGAACGUGUUCAUACAUUACAGUAUACUGUAUAUAUAAUGUACAUACAGAGUGUCAUUAAAAAUAAAUGCUAGCCCCAUUAACAGUUUUUUACUCUUUGGAAUGCCCGGAAAAAGGGAAGCGGUGUGUUUUGGGGCCACAUUGCGGACGAUAGAGCAAAGUCCAAAAGUGCAGAUUCCCUUUAAUACUUUGGGGAAAAGCCAAGACGAAGGUGCAGGUUCCAGCUCGCUGAGCUUGAAGACCGCCUAGCUGUGUGUAAAUAAGUCAACAUUUGUGUUUUCUUCAUUUCCGUGGAGUUAGGAGAGCCAAGUAGACACCAGUAGAAGUCAUCUCUCUGCCCUCAGAAGCGCUUUUAUACGACACAUCUUCCUGCUUCCGCAUCUUUGUGUGUCUUCAACCUCAUGCAGAAGCGAAAAGUUCGUACGUGCACAUCAUAGACAGUGUUUGCCAAUAAUCCUUCUAGUUCUAGGAACACAAAGCCAAGUUAAGUUGUGGUUACAAACAGUCAAGAGUUGUAACCGCUUUAGUUGUGUUCCUCUAUGACGUCACACUAGUCUUCAUCUUUCGGAUGACCUUUAAACCUUGUUGGUUAAGGUGUCGUAGAAGACAAAAACGAGCGCACCUGGAGUGAUUACCGGCUGUUUCUGUUUCCUAAUGAUAAGUGUGUGUGUGUGUGUGUGGUGUGUCAUCUACCAGCUCAGCCAGCCUUUCAAACUGCCUCACACUGUAGUGACACAAGUGCUCACAUUGUCUUUGGGCCAUUUACUAAAAGGAAAAAAAUGAAUAAACUGUCGGUGGGUUUGUUUUUAUUUUUUCAGUUUUUGAAAUAAAUAUUUCAACUUGUCAAUAGAUAA